AUGUGGCACCCGCUAGUCCUGUUGUUGCUGCUCCCCUCUGCCUCGGUGUCCCCCUCCACUGCAGCCCCGAUCCGCGAUGGUGACGCCCAGCAGAGCUCCUCGGGUUUCCUAGGUCUCCAGAGUCUACUCCAAGCCUUCACCCGGCUUUUCCUGAAACCCCAAGAUGACCUGCUGUGGGGCAUGGACAGCUUCUUCUCUGCUCCUAUGGACUUCCGGGGCCUCCCUAGGAACUACCACCAAGAAGAGAACCAGAAGCACAGGCUGGGAAACAAAACUCUCUCCAGCCACCUCCAGAUUGACAAGGUGACCAACAACAAGACAGGAGAGGUGCUGAUCUCUGAGAAGGUGGUGGCAUCCAUCGAACCAGGAAAGGGGAGCUUGCAGGGUGACUGGAAGGUACCCAAGAUAGAGGAGAAGGAGGCCCUGGUGCCUGUCCCAAAGGCCGUGGACAGCUUCCACCCAGAACCCCACCCCCGAAUGGCCUUCUGGAUCAUGAAGCUGCCACGGCGGAGGUCCCACCAGGAUGCCCAGGAGAGCGACCACUGGCUCAGUGAGAAGCGACACCGCCUGCAGGCCAUCCGGGAUGGGCUCCGAGAGGGGACCCGCGAGGACGUCCUCAAACAGGGGACCCAGAUCUCUCAUGCCAGGCUGCCUGCCCGCAAGACCCACUUCCUGUAUAUCCUCAGGCCCUCCCAGCAGUUAUAG